AAUAAUAAUAAUAAUAAUAAUAAUAAUAAUAAUAAUAAUAAUAAUAAUUAAUUACAUGCUGAGAUGUUGUCUCCAUCAUACAAGAACAGCAGAUAAGGGAUGCAGUGGGCUCAACGCUGUUGUUGCUCAAGCAGGCAGACCGCACUGAGUGCAGUUUUGAAAGGGAUUCUCCCAUCGCUGCCUAAUUUGCCUGGGUUUCUUCUGUUCUGCGUAACGGAGUGAACGAGCACCGCUCUGAGUCCCAUAAGCACUGAAAUCAGGAAGAGGGCGGAGAGGAAAGAAAACCAGCCACCUUGCGGUAUCUUUGGGACGAAAUAGAGAAUUGAAGGUGCUGAACUGGAGAGGCUAAGAGGCAUAAUACACAUGAGACAGCAGACCCUUCCCUCUCUCUCAUUCUCUCUCGCUGUCUCAUCUCAAUAUACCUCACAUAUAUGGCUACAUAUCAAUAGUCACCUUGGCAACCAGUCUCUCUUUGAGCACUCUUGUCUGUGAAAAACAGAGAGAGAGAGAGGACCCAGAGGAAGAUGUGAUGUUGAAGCAGGGAAGAACGUGGAUUAGCACACAACACGCCUGUACUGAUCUCCAGCAGCAGCCAAACUGAACAACAAAAAGCAACAAACAACCCCCCUACCCUCACAACAUUGUGUGGGGAUGAGGGCCGGAAGAUAAUCAAAAGCAAAGCAACUGUCUGGGGGACCGCCCUAAUGGCUGGGGGAAGAGGACAAAUACGUUCUUCUCUGUGAAAGAAAACCAAAGGAAAGAACUGUUAUGCAGGGAGAGACACAGAGGUGCUGUGAGGAGAGUGAGAGGUACUGGGCUGCGUCUCUCUGUAUUUAGCCACCGUGUCAGAGAAAAAAAGGCUCCAGGACCAGCAAAGGAAUUAGCAGAGAAACUGAAGCAAACUAAAAAACAAGCCAGGAUUUGAAAACGGGUGGGGAAGGUAGCUGGCUUUUUCUGUGAAUUUAAGCCACUUUUUAAUAAGGCCUCUGUACAGAUACUGUUCAACUGACAAUCAGGAAGUCUAGCCGGGACUCCUGUCUGCAGAGGGCAAAGUGCUCAGGACUGUUCUGCACUCAAGAUCCUUUUCACAUCGUACCAGUGUGGGCUGAGUCUCUGGAGUCGAGGCAAUGAGGGAUUUGAAGGCGCAGAGAGAAGCCAAUAAGUAAUUAGGAAAGAUAGAAGGCACCCAAUCAAACUAUGUAAAGUUUAGCCUAUUGGUUGUUUAAGUCCACAGAGUGGUGUUUUGUAGUCAGUGGAAGCUAAAAAGAGUUCUUCAACUACAAUAAGACAGGCAGUUGGAUAUAGCCAAUCAGUGGGGUGGAGAGUUAUUAGCCAAUCACUGAGUUAGUAGAGAAGGAGUUGGGACAGCCCAACCAAUUAGUGAAGCAGGUGAAAACGCAGCAGUGGAGAAAGAGAGAGUAGUCAGUCAGUGGCCAGCAGGGGGAAGCAGUGCGUCCUCACUGUGUCCCACUAUGCGGUGUUCUCUGCGGAUGUGGGUGCUGCUGGCAUCUCUUGCGCUGCUGUUCUUCUCCUCGCUCCUCUUCUCAUUGUCGCUGCGAGGGGCCAGCCUACCCUAUCUGGACCCUCCCGGCUGGGAGAUGGCUCACAAGGUCAAACUGGUGCCCAGCUAUGCAGGCAUCCGGAGGCUGGACUCGCCAGAGGGGGCGCUGCAGCGGACCUGUGCCUGCCAGAGCUGCGUGGGGGACCCCGGCGUGUCGGACUGGUUCGACGAAAACUACGACCCCGAUAUCUCGCCCGUCUGGACUCGUGACAACAUCCAGCUGCCUCCGGAUGUCUACUAUUGGUGGGUGAUGCUUCAGCCUCAGUUCAAGCCGCACAACAUACAGCAGGUCCUGUCCAAGCUCUUCGAGGUGAUCCCGGGACGCAGCCCCUAUGGCUCGUGGGACCCGUCCCGCUGCCAGCGGUGCGCAGUGGUGGGGAACUCGGGGAACCUGCGGGGAGUGGGCUACGGCAAGCUCAUUGAUGACCACCAGUUCAUCAUGAGAAUGAACCUGGCUCCCACACUGGGCUAUGAGGAGGACGCUGGCAGCCGCACCAGCCACCACUUCAUGUACCCCGAGAGUGCCAAGAACCUGCCUGCCAAUGUGAGCUUUGUGUUGGUGCCCUUCAAGACACUGGACCUGCUAUGGAUCACCAGCGCCCUCUCCACCGGGCAGAUCCGCUUCACCUAUGCACCAGUGAAGCAGUUCCUGAGAGUGGACAAGGACAAGGUGCAGAUCUAUAACCCGGCAUUCUUCAAGUACAUCCAUGAGCGCUGGACGAAGCACCACGGCCGCUACCCCUCCACUGGCAUGCUGGUCCUGUUCUUCGCACUGCACGUGUGUGAUGAGGUGAAUGUGUUUGGGUUUGGUGCUGACAGCCGGGGAAACUGGCACCAUUACUGGGAGCAGAAUCGAUACGCCGGUGAAUUCAGAAAAACAGGGGUCCACGACGCAGACUUCGAAGCCCAGAUAAUCAACUCACUGGCCGAGGCUGGCAAGAUCCGAGUGUUCCGAGGGAAGUGAGCAGCCAGAGCGGGAGGGGCGAGUGGACAGAGGGGUGGGUCUUUUGACAAAUAGAGGAAGAAAACACUGAUAGGACUGUUCUUGAACUCCAGCGUGGGAGGUGAGGGUUGUUACGAUCCUAACAGGAGAGUGCAUUGCUGAAAACGGGCUUUUCAAAAGAUGUCGUGGUUCCUCAGAUAAUCACUGGUUCCAUAGCCGCAGAGGGUUCAAUCUUCUAUCAUCAUGCACUCGUGCUCAGCCAAUAAAACCCCAAAGGUCUUUCCACAUGUUGUGUGGUCCUCAGCUCUCCUGCUAUGUCCUCUGCUGGGCGGCUCACAGGCUCUGAGGGAGGCAGGGUUGGUAUCAUUGCCUAACACAGACACAGCACCUGCACUUCUCAUGCAGUAGAGCUGCUGUCCGCACAAAACACAUCCCUGGAACACACACUAGGGGGAGCUGUAUUCAUCUGCAAUCAUAUUCUUCAAAUCAGAAACUGUCUCUUUUAAAUACUAGAGGUCAUAUCAGAGUAAGCUCAGAAAGCUGUGCAAUACACACAUUGACCAGACCAUGACUGAAUUAGCGCUACACCACUGAAUAUUAAUCAAUAUUGAGUUGUUUUUUUUUUGUAUAUAUAUUGCCUGUGGUGAUAUGAAAGCAUUGAUCUGAGACCUGCAGAUGUUCCCUAGUGUCUGUUUUUGGGAUUCUCUCACGCUGGAAGCUGCACUGCAGAAAAUGAUAAAAAUUAGUGUCAAGGAUGACUCAGAAAAGACUCAUUAUUUUUCAGUACUUCAGAGCCGAGAACUAUAUAUAUAUAUAUAUAUACUGUACUGUAUAAGGCUAUGGUAAAUACAUCAGUAAAUCAAUGUGUCAGCUAGAUGAACAUUUCAGAUAAUACUUCUCGCAGCAACCCAGUCUACUUUACAUUGUUGCUUAUAGUUGAACAUUUUGCUUUACGAGUGUUAUUCUUUGUUCAGGUCUGGAUCUCAAACAGGAACAAGCAUGUUCCUCCAAUACCAUGUGCAUGACAGCAUGAGCACUGCCUAGAUUUAAACUGUAUCUAUUGUGAAAGAUUUCACUUAAUAUGAGGUUUGUUUCACUGUCCCCACUCCUGAAGCUGUGUCUAUGGACUCUAAACACUGUGGGCAUUGGAACCAGGGGGCUGGCUGGGCACAGCUUUAUAAUCUCACUCCAGUAUUAGUAACAAAAAUGUUUAUUAUUAGAAAAUUAAUUAAAAAUAAAAACUGAAAUAGCUUGUUGGAUAAGUGUCC